GAAUUUUCAAGGUUGGGGACCUUGAGGUACUCAAGUAAAGACAAUGAGAGUGGUGUAGAUGACGAAAGCAAAUCUAAAAAGUGGGGAGUUUAAUUGAAUGGACAGUAUAGUUGACGAUAGUUUCGUGUCAUUGGAAGAAGAGGGAGGCUACAAAAGUACAAAAGAAUUGUAUGAAACCGUCUACUAGUCAAACUAUUGUGUUUCUUUAGCUCUCUUUCAUUAACAAAAUCUUUGAAGCAAGAGAGAUAAAAUGGAUGGUGAAGAGAGAGGGUACUGGAGAUGGAGCAAGAGAGAUUUCUUCCCUGAGGAAUCUUUUCAGAGCUUUGGUAGUUACAGAGCUGCUUUGUCUCAGACAUGUUCCAGGUUCAAGAACAGGUUGGUUAGUAGGUCUGAUGACGAGACCGAGCGGUUCGAGCUCAAGAAACAGAGCGAGCACGAGAUGAAAAGGUGUCUGACAUGGUGGGAUUUAGUAUGGUUCGGAUUCGGCUCAGUGAUUGGAGCUGGAAUCUUUGUUUUGACAGGUCAAGAAGCUCAUGAACAAGCAGGACCUGCUAUUGUGUUGUCUUAUGUUGUUUCAGGUGUUUCUGCUAUGCUCUCUGUCUUCUGCUACACGGAAUUCUCUAUGGAAGUCCCCGUAGCUGGUGGUUCCUUCGCCUAUUUAAGGAUUGAGCUUGGGGAUUUUGCGGCCUUCAUCACCGCAGGAAACAUACUUCUUGAGAGUAUAGUUGGGACUGCAGCUGUUGCUAGAGCCUGGACUUCAUAUUUUGCUACUCUUCUGAAUCGCAAACCCAACGCUCUACGGAUCAAAACAGAUCUCAGUUCCGGUUUUAAUCUCUUGGACCCAAUAGCUGUUGUGGUUAUAGCCGCUGCAACCACAAUCGCAUCGAUCAGCACCCGAAAGACAUCAUUGCUCAACUGGAUAGCUUCUGCUAUCAACACUUUUGUGAUAUUUUUUGUGAUAGUAGCGGGUUUCAUUCACGCUGACACAUCAAAUCUGACUCCAUUCUUGCCUUAUGGACCUGAGGGAGUGUUCCGAGCAGCUGCAGUUGUGUACUUUGCGUAUGGAGGAUUUGAUAGCAUAGCAACAAUGGCUGAAGAAACCAAGAAUCCAUCAAGAGACAUACCAAUAGGGUUACUCGGUUCAAUGUCGAUAAUAACAGUGAUAUACUGCUUGAUGGCACUAUCCUUGAGUAUGAUGCAGAAGUACACAGAUAUAGAUCCAAACGCAGCUUACUCGGUAGCAUUUCAGAGCGUUGGAAUGAAAUGGGGAAAGUACCUGGUGGCGCUUGGUGCUCUCAAAGGAAUGACCACAGUUCUUUUAGUAGCAGCACUAGCACACGCGCGAUAUGUUACUCACAUCGCACGGACACACAUGAUACCGCCUAUAUUUGCACUCGUCCAUCCCAAAACCGGAACACCUAUAAACGCUAACCUCCUAGUAUCAAUUCCAAGUGCUCUAAUCGCUUUCUUUUCGGGUUUAGAUGUUUUGUCAAGCCUCCUAUCGAUAAGUAUUCUCUUUAUCUUCACAAUGAUGCCUGUCGCACUACUCGUGAGGAGAUACUACGUGAGAGAAGUUACUCCAAGAGCUGAUCUUCUUAAGCUUAUCAUCUGUCUCUUAGUCGUUGUUGCUUCUUCAAUGGGGACCUCAGCUUAUUGGGGGAUGCGGCUUAAGGGAUCAUGGAUCGGAUACACAAUAACAGUUCCUUUCUGGUUCUUGGGGACAUUGGGGAUUGUUUUGUUCGUCCCUCAGCAAAGAACACCGAAAGUGUGGGGCGUACCGUUAGUCCCAUGGCUCCCGUGCUUAUCAAUCGCAACAAACAUCUUUCUCAUGGGAUCUUUGGGAGCUGAGGCUUUUAUAAGGUUUGGGGUUUGCACUUUAGCUAUGUUGGUUUACUAUUUGUUGUUUGGUCUUCAUGCAACAUUCGAUAUGGCUCAUCAGCAAACCGUGCCAAAAUCUUAGAAACUAUAUUUAGCUCCCCAAAAGGUAUCUUCCCUGGAAUCUGCAAGACUGCAACAAUAAAAGUUUGAAUCUUCUGUGAAUAUGCAUAAAGAAAAGCUUUUUCACAAGGAGUUUUGAUCCAUCAAUGAAAUAGAAUCCAAACUGAAAGUCUACUCUGUGCUGCAAAAUUGUUCUCUCAGGCUCCAUCCUCGUUACAAAAAUCAACCACUUUCGAAAUGCUCUGCAACUUUAACCCAAAGUUUACUCUUUUAUUUGUAUCCUUCUUCCCUCUCAAUCAAAAUAAUCACAUAAGCAAUAAAAAUGGAAUCGAAAUUCCCAAUUGAAAUCAGUUACUAACUCAUCCAAUUAUAUCUCCAAAUCAUUUCAUAUUCCAAUCUUACAACUUACUAGCACAAAGGUACAGCGAUCAAAAAAAUGUAUAACGCAAGUGGUAUUAAGGUACAUCACA